AUGGGCAACAGGAUGUUGUCAAAGAAAAAGGAGCAGAGGUCUUUCGGCAACGGGCGGCUGAGAGACCAAUGGGAGAAGAGAGCUCAAAACAUAGCAGACGAGUGUAAACAGGAGGAGGAACGGAAGGAGAAAAGUUCUGUUAAAACACUUUUCUCAAAGUGGACUUAUCAUUGGACACUGGUCAAUGGAGACAACGCAAAAGGAGGCAUAUCGGACUUCAGGAAACUCGCCAACAAAGAUGAAGCAGAAAAAAACAAGCCAAGAAUUAAAUUCAAAGUUGUCCCUCCUCCUCCUCCCAAACCUAAACCUGAGCCUCCACCUCAGACUCCUUCUAGGAGAGCAGAUUCACCCAAACCUCUGUUGCCACGCAGAGUAGAGGUGGAUGUAUUCCGGAUAUGCUGGAGAGAGUCCUGGAAGAGCCUGAAACCUCCAAAGUAUCUUUACCUGAAGGUUAAAGAACCAAAAGCCAGAAUUGUGAGAUUCACAACUAUAGAGCUGCCUAACAGCAGGAAGUACAAACCAGAGGGAUACAAAUCGAUCACUGAAAGGACAUCUUGUCCUUACAAUUGGAUUCAGUCCUGGAAACAGGUGAAGGGUCUGGCCAUAUCGGAUCACUCAGAGGAGAAACAGUUCCAGUGGGAGAUUUUGUUCGACAGGGAACUGCUUUCCAGAAUUACCCUAGAUGAAUAUGGUCUUCCUACCUGGGCUGGCACCUGGAAAUUUAUUAACUUUGCUUACAGACAGCAGAAAAAGAACUGGGAUUGUGGUUGGCCUGAUUACCCACAAAAUGUCAGCAACAAGUUUGAUGAAGUACAGCAACUGAUGGAGCAGGAAGCACCCUCAGGUUGGGAGGAUGCAUGGAAACUCUCUGGGGUACAAUUCAAAUCUGAAGACACAACACAUGACAGUACGCCAAACACAGCCACCUCUGUGAUCACAGAGAUAAACGAUGUGUCCCUGGACGGGUGGAACAAGUCCUGGCUGCUAUCUGGAGCUUCUCCAAAUGAAGAAGAAGAACGUGAAAAGAACUGGAGCUCCUGCUGGGGAUACAGGCAGCAGUUCAGGUGGCGCAUGCCUUCACUGGCAGCCCAUCAUCGACACAGUGACAUGCUGACAAGGAGACGUAAAAGCUUGACCCUCCUUCUUACAUCACAGCUUGAUGAUGAGAUCACAGACAGAGAGUGGAUGGACGCUUGGAGGACUCCUAAAGUAUGGAUCCCACCAGGAGAGGACGAACUAGAUGAGACACUGGAGGAAGAAGAAGAAGAAGAAGAGGAGGAGGAGGAGGAGGAUGAAGAAGUGGACAUCGUCGAUGGUGGCGGUUGUUCAUAG